CAAUUUCUUCCCAUUUAAUACCAACCCCUCAAAGAGCUUCAGACAUAGAGAGAGAGGGGGAGGGAGAGAGAGAGAGAGAGAGAGAUUCCCGCAGACACAGAGAGAGAAGCGAGGAAGAGGAAGGAAAGAGGCUACAAUGUCCAUCGCCUUCUGCUUCUCUCCUUCCUUCUCUUCUUCUUCCACUUCUAACCUUAAUACCUUUUCUUCUUCUUCUUCAUUGCCUUCCUCUUCCUUUCUUAACCUCCGCCUCUCUCUUCCUUCUUCGUCCCUUGUUCCUUCCUCCCCUCUCUCUUGCCAUCGCAAGAACCUUGCUUUUGUUCUCUACUCCUCCUCUGCCUCCACUGUCACUGUUACCACCGGCGGCGGCGGGAUCGGCGGAGGUGGACUCUCUGGAGGUGGCGGUGGCGGAGAUGAUGGAGGCAAUGCUGGCGAUGAUAACGAGAAGAAUGAGGCUAUUUUGGUGUUGGCGGAGGUAGGGAGGUCGCUGGAGAGUUUGCCUACGGACUUGGCGACGGCGAUCAAGGAUGGGAAGAUUCCUGCUUCGGUCGUGUCUCGGUUUCUGGAGCUCGAGAAGUCUCCUUUUUUCAGGUGGCUGCUUCAGUUUGGUGGCUUCAAAGAGCGUCUUUUGGCGGAUGAUCUGUUCUUGUUUAAAGUCUUUAUGGAGUGCGGCGUUGGCAUGUUCACCAAGACUGCUGCUGAGUAUGAGCGGCGCAGAGAGAAAUUUUUUGAUGAGCUGGAAAUUGUUUUUGCUGAUGUGGUCAUGGCCAUUCUUGCUGAUUUCAUGCUGGUCUAUCUACCUGCGCCUACUGUAUCUCUUAGACCACCACUUUCAAUCAGUGCAGGACCCAUUGCAAAGUUUUUCCACAACUGCCCUGAUAAUGCAUUUCAGGUGUCUCUCUCUGGAACACCAUAUUCCUUAAUACAGAGGGUUGGUGCGAUUCUGCGUAAUGGAACAAAGCUUUUUGCUGUGGGAACUGCUUCCUCACUGGUUGGGACAGCUGUGACAAAUGCCUUGAUUAAUGCUAAGAAGGCUGUUGACAAGUCUUCUGCUGGAGAAAUUGAAAAUGUUCCAAUUUUAUCCACCAGUGCAGCCUAUGGUGUCUAUAUGGCAGUUUCCAGCAACCUCAGGUAUCAAGUUCUUGCUGGGAUUAUUGAACAGCGGCUUUUGGAGCCUUUGCUACACCAGCAUAAGCUUAUACUUAGUGCAGUUUGCUUUGCUGUGCGGACCGGCAAUACAUACCUUGGUUCAUUACUGUGGGUGGAUUAUGCUCGUUGGAUUGGAGUUCAGUAGGCUUGACAGCUCAAGAGCACAAGAAUUCAUUUAGGCUGCUAUCUUUCUCUUUGUUGAUUACACGUUUUUCUGGAUUCGCAUUCGCUUUUUAUUACAGAACAUCAUAUUACAAGAGUAGGCCAGAGGAUUUUUUAUUUAUAAUUUUUUUAAAAGGGAAAAAGGUAUUUGAUUGGGAGGUUUUCUAGUAGGAAUAGGAUUGAUAAGGCUUCGGUUUUCUGUCAUCCUCCCUCAAUAUAUUGAUAUGCUUGUUGCUGAUUCUCAUUUUUUAUUAUUAGAUUAUCUCAUUGAUCAA